GGGCCUCAGGGCCGCGCUCGCAGCCGGGCCCGCUCUGACGCACUUCCAGCGCGGCGGGCCCGGAGCGCCGCACGUGUGGCGGCCGCGGCUCCCCGGUCCUUCCUUGGGCCGCGUUCCCCACCGCCGCCAUGGGCCUGACGCGGCAGUACCUGCGCUACGAACCCGCCGCCCUCUUCGGGCUGGUGGCCAGCGCCAGGGCCGGCGUGGCCUUCGUGGCGCUGCGCGGCGAGCGGGGCCGCUACGUGGCCGUGCCGGCUUGCGAGCACGUGUUCGUGUGGGACACAAGGAAAGGAGAGAAGGUUCUUAUCCUUAAGGGUCUCAAGCAGCAAGUCAGUUGCCUCUGCCCCUCUCCAGAUGGGUUGCACCUGGCUGUUGGGUAUGAAGAUGGAGCAGUCCGUGUCUUCAACCUCCUAAGUGGAGAAUCAGCUAUCACUUUCAAUGGGCACAGGGCUGCAGUUACAGCCCUGCAGUACGACCACCUGGGUGGCAGACUGGUGUCUGGCUCAAAGGAUACGGAAGUCAUUGUGUGGGAUGUCAUCAAUGAGAGUGGCCUGUACCGGCUGAAGGGACACAAGGAUGUCAUCACUGAAGUCCUUUUCUUGAAGGAGAAGAACUUGUUGGUCACUUGUGCCAAAGACACACUGGUGAAAUGGUGGGAUCUGGACACCCAGCAUUGCUUCAAAACUCUGGUUGGACACCGAGCAGAGGUCUGGGGGAUGGCUUUGCUGUCCAGAGAGAAGCGUCUGAUCACUGGGAGCGCUGACAGUGAGCUGAGGGUGUGGGAUCUCACAUACAUCCAGGAGGUAAAAGAUCCUGAUGAGCCAGAAUCCAAGAAAAGCAAGGGGUCGUCUUCACCUGGCGCAGAAGAAAACACUGAAGAUGAUGAGACCUUAGAGCUGGAUGAGCAUCCUGAGGAACGCAUUGUUAAGUGCAGCAAAGUUGGAUCCAUCAUGCGGGAAGGGAGAGAUCGGGUGGUGACGCUUGGCACAGACCGGAUGGGCAAGUUUUUGGCCUGCCAUGGAACAGAUGCUGUUCUGGAAGUGUUCUCUGUCCUUUCUGAAGAGGAAAUCCAAAAGAAAUUGGAAAAGAAAAAGAAGAAAGCAAGGAAAAAAGCCAAACAGAACUCUGAAGAGGAGCCUGAAAGGAGUGUGGAGUUGAGCCUGCAGGAGGAGAUUCAGCGGGUCACUAAUGUCAAAGCUUCUUCUAAAAUCAAGUCAUUUGACUUGAUUCUCUCUCCAAAAGGAGAGCUGAAGAUGGUACUGCUGCUCCAGAACAAUGUCAUUGAACUGUACAACCUGGACCUGUCAGCACAAGUGCCCCAGGCUGUCCGUGUGUCCAGGAUAACCAUUGGAGGCCACCGCAGUGAUGUCAGGACGUUGGCUUUUAGCUCUGACAACAUUGCCGUUCUCUCAGCAGCUGCAGAGUCUGUGAAAAUUUGGAACAGGUCGACCUUGCAGUGCAUCCGGACAAUGGAGUGUGAGUACGCGCUCUGCUCGCUAUUCGUCCCCGGAGAUCGGCAGGUCAUCAUUGGGACUAAGACAGGGAAGCUGCAGCUUUAUGACCUGGCUUCUGGCAGUCUGAUAGAGACACUUGAUGCCCACGACGGGGCAGUAUGGUCCAUUGCUCUUUCACCAGACCAGCAUGGCUUUGUGACAGGAGGUGCUGAUAAAUGUGUCAAAUUCUGGGAGUUUGAGCUUGUGAAGGAUGAGAACAGUGUUCAGAAAAGGCUUUCCAUGAAACACGUGCGCAUUUUACAGCUGGAUGAAGACGUGCUCUGUGUGCGGUACAGCCCCAACCAGAGACUGCUGGCUGUCUCCUUACUGGACUGCACUGUGAAGGUUUUCUACGUUGACACACUCAAGUUUUUCCUUUCUCUGUAUGGACACAAGCUGCCAGUGCUGUGUAUGGAUAUCUGCUAUGAUGGGACUCUAAUUGCCACUGGCUCUGCUGACAGGAAUGUGAAGAUUUGGGGCUUGGAUUUUGGGGACUGUCACCGUUCUCUCUUUGCCCAUGAUGACAGUGUGAUGUAUCUGCAGUUUGUGCCCAAAUCCCAUCUCUUCUUCACAGCUGGGAAGGACAGCAAGAUUAAGCAGUGGGAUGCAGAUAAAUUUGAACAUAUCCAGACGCUGGAGGGGCAUCACCAAGAGGUUUGGUGUUUGGCACUCAGUCCCAAUGGAGACUAUGUGGUGUCAGCAUCCCAUGACAAGUCCCUGCGCCUCUGGGAAAGGACGAGGGAGCCACUGAUUUUGGAAGAGGAGAGGGAGAUGCAACGAGAAGCUGAAUAUGAAGAGAGUGUGGCAAAGGAAGAGCAGCCUGUGGUGGCUGGAGAGAGGCAAGGAGAGACCGGGCUGGCAGGAAAGAAGACCAUUGAAACUAUCAAAGCGGCUGAGAGGAUCAUGGAAGCUAUUGAGCUGUACAGAGAAGAGAUGGCAAAACUAAAGGAACACAAUGCCAUAUGCAAAGCUGCAGGAAAAGAGGUUCCCUUCCCUGUCAAUCCCAUCCUCCGUGCCUAUGGAAAUAUUACACCUUCUGCGUAUGUGCUGGAAGUUUUCAAGAAGGUCAGGUCGAGUGAGCUGGAAGAGUCUCUCCUAGUGCUGCCCUUCUCCUAUGUCCCUGAUCUGCUCAGACUCUUCAAUGAAUAUAUUCAGCUGGGCUCAGAUGUUGAGCUGCUGUGCCGAGCUCUCCUCUUCCUGCUCAAGAUACAUUUUGGGCAGAUCACAAGCAACCAGAUGCUGGUGACAGUGAUAGAAAAUCUGAAGAAAACCACCAUCUCCAGAGUCAGUGAGGCUCGGGAUGUGCUGGGAUUCAACAUGGCAGGGCUCCAGUUCCUGAAGAGGGAGAUUGAGGCCAAGGACGAGGUGACGUUUUUUGCUGAUGCUACUGAACGUUUUGAGGAGAAGAAGAGAAAAAGGAAGAAGAAAGAGAAAAUGGUUCUUGCAGUGCUCUAGCAUUUGCUGCCCAAGACCCAGAGCACCUGGAUGGACUCGGGUAGCCUCACUGCUGACCAUGGAAGUGUUCUUGUGGCUGAACAUCUGUGAUGAUGUCCAGUGGCUGGGACAAAGUCUGUCCCCUCCUCAUGUGGUAUAACCCAGCAUGUAAACCCAACUCAGAACGGUUGUCUCUGGGAUGGACUCUCUGUAGUCUGCUGCAGAUGGAUGCAUUUGGACUCUUUCUGAGAGGGCUGUCAAAGGCACGUGCUCUUCCUCUAGUGGAAUGCCUGUUAGAAAUGGAGUUGAUUUAUCCUGAGAUCAGCUUGUUCUGGCAGCACUGAUUCAAUGGAAUCUAGCACACAGACUGCUGGUGAGACCAUGCUCUGUCCAGGGAAGGCAGCUGGCAAGAUUUUUCACUGACACCUGCUGGUGGCUUGUGGCCUGUGGAAAAAUCUCUCUGAUUGAUGCUGAAGUGUGAGGACUUGAUCUACAGCCACUCACUCUUCAGUGGGACAGGGAGAAACAUGGCUGCACUCUGUUAAAGGCAUAUUUAUAUUUCCUUUAUGAAACAAUUUUGUUCAUAGUUUUGUCCUGGUAUUUCUUUUGUAAAUCCUCAGUUGCCUUGAUCUGUGUGUCAGUUUUCAAAGGAUUUUUUACAGAGAAUAAAAUCAGUGGGAGCACAUGAAAGGGCUGCAUCCCAGAUUCCAGUUUUUCUGGAGAGCUGGCAGACCAAGCAUGAGAAGCCUGGAUUGUUUGCUUUGUACUUGCUCCAGGUUUUAGAAAUUGCACUGAUCUGUUGCAAUGUUGUACUUGUGCUGUAUCAGAUAAAAUGAUUUAUUUUCACAGCAGGGGCAGUGGGGCAGAAUGAAGUGAACAAGUCUCUGCUGCUGUUGG